AUGGGGCCUGCAGUUCGCCUCAGCUGGGAGUUCAACUCAGCUAUAGGACUUUUUGCUUCUCUGGUGGCAACUCUUUCUGGCUGCCCUAAGCCACCAGUGAGUAGCACAGCAGAGAUUCCUCUCAGACCCUUUCCUGGAGCUGCUUGGAGUAGAGUCACCCUUUACAUUGGAAAGCUAGAGGGUGCUCUGUGGAAAAAACAAAACAAGAAGAAAGUGGAGGAGGUCCUAGAAGAAGAGGAAGAAGACUAUGUGGUGGAAAAAGUUCUUGAUCGGCGAGUUGUCAGGGGCAAAGUGGAAUAUCUUCUAAAAUGGAAGGGUCUCUCAGAGGAUGACAACACAUGGGAGCCAAAAGAGAACCUGGAUUGUCCUGACCUCAUUGCUGAGUUUUUACAGUCACAGAAAACAGCUCGUGAGAUAGAUAAAUCAGAGGGAGGCAAACUCAAAGCUGAUUCUGAUACUGAAGAUAAGGGAGAGGAAAGCAAACCAAAGAAGAAAGAAGAGCCAGAAACGCCACGAGGCUUUGCCCAGAGUUUGGAGCCAGAGCAGAUUAUUGGAGUUACGGACUCCAGUGAAGAGCUCAUGUUACCCGUGAAAAGGAAAAUCUCUGAUGAGGCUGAUCUGGUUCCUGCCCAGGAAGCCAAUGUCAAGUGCCCACAGUUUGUCAUACCCUUCUAUGAGGAGAGGCUAAGGUGGCACUCCUGCCCCUCAGAGGAUGAUGACAAAAAUAACGACAAGGAUUAA